AUGCUCGAGGCCUUGUCGAGAAUUUGCUGCUCCUGCCGCCGCGCUCAAGAUCUCUGCCCGCAGCUCCAGGCGGCGAUCGACUGCCUUCUCCAGUGUGGGAAUUCGAGGGAUUUCCGGCGCGCCAGAGAGAUCCAGGCAUGGGUUGGGGUGAGCGAGCUUCACAGGCACAACAGGUUCCUCGCCAAUGCGCUGGUCCAGAUGUAUGGCCGCUAUGGGCGGAUCGAGGAUGCGAGGGCGGUGUUCCAGGGGAUCGCGAGGCCAUCGAUCAGUUCCUGGAAUGCUUUGCUCCAGGCCUACAAUCGCAGCGGCCAGGUGGAGCGCUCCAAGGAGUGCUUCGAUCGGAUGAGCGCCAGGAACGUGGUGUCUUGGACGAUUCUGGCGUCGGGAUUUGUGCAGCAUGGGCAUGGCCACGAGGGGCGCUUGGUCUUCCACAAGAUGCCCGAGAGGAGCAUAGUCUCUUGGAAUCUAAUGAUCGGUGCCAGCGUUCAGGACGGAGAUUUGGGCGAGGCCGAGCGAUUGUUCUUCACAGCACCAGAUCGCGGCGUUGUCUCGUGUACGACGAUGAUCACGGGAUAUGCCCAAGUGGGUGAUCUCGCCUCCGCGAGGAAAAUGUUUGAAGAGAUGAGCGAGAAGAACGUUGUUUCGUGGACAGCGAUGUUACAGGCCUACUCGGAAAACGCGCUUGUCAUCUUCGCGAAGAUGGUGUUUGAUAAAAUGCCCGGGGGGAAUCUAGUGAGCUUCUCGGCAAUGGUGGCAGCGUAUGCCCAGAAUGGGCAUCUGGAAGAGGCAAAGGCCAAGGCUGUGUUUGCAGCCAUGCCCGAGAGAAAUGCCGUGUCAUGGACCACCUUAAUCUUCUACUGCGACUCCAUCGCGGACGCGGAGCACUGCUUCUUCGAUCGAUGCCCGAAAUGGUCGCUCGUCUCCACCAACGUGAUGCUCCAAGCGUAUGCCCAGGCUGGGGAUCCCCAGAGAGUUUGGAGCUUGUUCUCCUCCAUGCCGGAUCGAGACACCGUCGCCUGGAAUCUCUUGCUCCAGUCGAGCGGUGCCAGCGUCGAGGAUUCCACCUGGGUCUUCGAGAGGAUCCCUCGCAGGGACGCGGUAUCCUGGUUUGAGAUGAUCCAAUCAAUCGUGCAGAGCGGAGCUAUGGAGUCGGCCAAGAUCUGGCUGGAGAGGAUGCCCCGCCACAGCGCCAUGGCGUGGACGUGCCUCCUCUCGGGGAAUUCGCAGCUGGGCAGGAUCGAGGAGGCGCGCGCGAUGUUUGAUUCCAUCCCCUGCCGCGAUCUCGUCGCCUGGACCGCCAUGAUCGUGGGCUAUGCACAGAGCCAGCGGAUCCACGACGUGAAAAAGCUCUUCGAUCGGAUGCCCCAGUGGGACGCCAUCGCGUGCUCGAUGCUGCUCGCCUCGUACGCGCUCAAUGGAUUCCUCGCCGAGGCCAUGGAUCUCUUCCCGUGGAUGCUGAGCCAUCGCUCUUCCACGCACGCCUGGAACACGAUGGUCGAAUCCUUCGCUCUCGCGGGGCCGGUGGAGCGGCGCAAGCUCGCGCUCGAUCUCUUCCACGCGAUGCUCCUGGAAGGGGUCAAGCCCGAUGGAUCCACGCUCGCUAGCGUCAUGCUCGCCUGCAACCACAUUGGUCUCGUGGAAUCGGCCAGGGGAUUCUUCCUCUCGAUCGCGGGGGAUUUCGGCCUCGAUCCGGGCAAAGAACACUACAGCUGCCUUGUCGAUUCGCUCAGCCGCGCCGGGCAGCUCCGCGACGCGCAAGAUCUCAUGGAUUCCAUGCCCUUUCUUCCAUCGCGGCUGGAUUGGAGGACGCUGCUGGGCGCUUGCAAGAGCCAGCCAGAUCUGGCCAUGGGGGCUCGAGCGGCGGAGAAUGUGGUGUCACUGGAACCCCGGAGUGGAGCGCCAUACGUGAUCUUGUCGAGCGUCAUCGCCGUGGAAUCCAUAGCUCACCUUGAGACAAUAGGAUAUAUUCCAGAAUAA